UCGCUGACGUGCUCGGAGGCCGCGCGCGUUUUCCUAUUUGUUGCGUAAACAAACUACUACGUAAUCAGUGAUUAAGUGAAGUGAACAGUGGCUAAACGCUUUGUGAUCAAGCAUCGUUGCAUCUUCGCUUAUUGUACUGGUCCGUCACAAGUGCAAACCCACAUAAUGAGUUCGUGCUUUGGCUGUCAACAGCUGGUCAGUGUCACUGAUAAAAUUUGUUGUUUUGAUUGUAAAAAUAACUUCCACUACGGCUGUGUUGGAUACACAAAGACCUCUUUUAGUAGACUUACGGCUAAAGCUAAGUCAAACUGGAAGUGUCCAGCAUGUAAAUUACCUACAAAAAACGACGAUAAUACUCCUGUUAAGUCAAUAUCCUACAGUCCUCCGCCCCACGCACCCUUACCGUCGGCGGCGGAUAACUUAGAUGAAUAUUUUAGGAGCAUGGAAGUAUCGCUAUUGUCGAAACUUAAGACUGAGUUGGUCUCUCUAAUUGAAGAUAAAAUACUAAAGGACAUACACAAAAAAGUAGGUGCAUUACCGCAGGUAAAGGCUCACCUGGACGAAAUAACGCGAAGUCUGAGCUUGUUGUCUGAUAAGUAUGAUACAAUUAUUGCAGACCAACAGCAAUCACGGGAAAAGAUCAGUAGACUCGAGAAGACAGUUUUAAAUAUAAACAAUAAGUGUGUGUACUUAGAGAAGUGCAAUGUUGCGCUCGAACAAAAGAUACAUGAGUUUGAGCAGGCUUCUCUAAAUGAUCGCAUAGAAAUAGUGGGCAUUGAAAAACUGCCAGGCGAAAAUGUCAUGGAGCUAAUUUCUAAGGUUGGGCAAAGAAUCAAUGUAAAUACUUCAGAUAUUGAGUGGGCCAGGCGAACCAUGACCACCCGCCCACUGAAAACUAGCGUUAAACCGGCACCUAUAGUGGUAAAAUUCAAGGUAUCAGGAGCUGACUCCCGUGACACUUGGUUGGCGCAGCGCCGUAAAAUAAUGGAGGUGACGAGUGGCGAUAUCACAGGUGGAUCGGCCACUAGCAAAUUAUAUAUCAACGAAGUACUUACUAAGGUAACUAGAACUCUGCUGUGGAACACGAGGAAGCAGCUUCAUGGCAUAUACAAGUACAUAUGGGUAUCUAGGGGUAAAAUACUAGUUAGAAAAAGUGAAGGGGAAAAGUCAAUAUGCAUUCGUAAUGAAAGUGAAAUCGUGGACUUACUUAACAAAAACUAAGUAUUUUUUUUUUAUUAACUACCUUAUAACUGGUGUUUAACUA